GGAAGGUCGCAGGCGGGGAGUCGGACUGCACUGGCCGGGAGUAGCAGCGGAGACGGCGGCCUCACGAAAAGGGAGCACUCAUUGGAAGUCACGCGGACUCAGAGUAAAAACGCGAAAAAGAAGCAGAGUGUCGAUAUAGUCCAUAGACUUAGGUGAGUUCGCUGACUGAAAGAAAGAGUAGCUUGUUGGAGUGACAGCAGUCGAAGACCGGCUCCCGGCCAUCUGCCCUCCACACUGGUCGGGUCGCUCUGGACUCGACUUGACGGGUCUGUUUCAGUUACGCAGGGGGGUGUGAUCAGAUCACGGUCCGUUCGGUCAUGUUGCCUUCCACCACUGAUGGUGGAGUCAUUCAUAUUUAUUUUUUAUUUUACAUUUACACGUCUGACUUCAUGUCUAAAAUCACAAACUAUGCUUUCUUUUUUGCGCUUUAUUUUCCUCAUCUUGAUGUCAUUGGUUCCCACUAAAAGUCUUCACAAUUGUGCAUUAGAUGUCAACAUAAAACAUCUGUAACAUUCAUAUAUACUGAGCAAAUAUUCAAUACUUUGGUACCUAUUCAUCUCCUAACACUGGUGUGUACACGAGUCGUUGACAGAUCGACAACAAAUGUCAUGAUUAAAGUGUAGUAAUGGUUCCAAUAAAUCUAGUUCAAGUGCAGUUGCAACAAUGGCUUUUUGGCUAUUGGCGUGUCACUACAAGCUCAGUCAGAGUUCAGUAAUGUGGUCAAGCAAGUUAUCAGGCUAACAGUGAAAAUGUGUGCAUGUGCGUGCUACAUAAACAACAAUAUGCUGUCACAAGAAACAGGAGUCCCUGCUGAGUUCAGCCAGCGGAUACAAAAACUACAGAGGAAUUCUCAACUGGUGCGUUGUGAUGCUGGUUCUGAGUAAUGCUCGCCUUUUUUUAGAGAAUCUGUUACGGUACGGAAUUCUUGUGGAUCCGAUUCAAGUAGUGUCCUUGUUCCUGAAGGAUCCUUACAACUGGCCAGCUGCCUGCUUAGUCAUUGUGUCCAACGUCUUCAUCCUGGUGGCUCUGUACAACGAGAGGCAGUUGUCACGGGGCUCUUUCAGUGAAGUCAUGGGGUUGCUGGUUCACUGCGUUAACCUGUCCACCAUUCUCAUUUUCCCAGCUGCUGUGGUCCUGCUCGUCCCCUCCAUGACCCCAGUUGGGGGAGCUUUUGCACUGGGGACGUCCACUAUCCUCCUCCUCAAGCUCUGUUCCUAUAAAGAUGUCAACAAGUGGUGUCGAGAGAUGAGCAGUCUGAAGGCCAAGACUCUGGCAAGAUCACUGUCAUGCCCGUCAUCGCUGUCUUCCAGUGUUGACAACAAAGUGUGUUACCCUGGCAACCUGACCAUCCGAGACAUGUACUACUUCAUCUUUGCACCGACCCUGUGCUACGAGCUCAACUUCCCUCGCUCUCCCUCCAUUCGCAUGAGCUUCUUGCUGAGGAGACUGUUUGAGAUGCUCUUCUUCAUCCAGAUGUUGGUGGCGCUCACACAACAGUGGAUGGUUCCAAUCAUUCAAAGUUCCAUGAAGCCGCUGGAGGACAUGGAUCUGUCCAGAAUGAUGGAGAGGCUUCUGAGAUUAGCUGUGCCGAAUCAUCUGCUGUGGUUGAUGUUCUUCUACUGGUUCUUCCACUCCUCGUUGAACUUUACCGCUGAACUGCUGCGCUUUGGAGACCGGCAGUUUUACAACGACUGGUGGAACUCUGAGACGGUGACUUAUUUCUGGCAGAACUGGAACAUCCCUGUUCACAAGUGGUGUUUACGGCAUUUCUAUAAGCCGUUGCUGAGGAGAGGCUACAGUAAAACGCUCAGCCAGUCUGCAGUUUUCCUCUUGUCUGCUUUCUUUCACGAGUACUUGGUGAGCGUUCCCCUCAGGAUGUUCCGACUCUGGGCGUUCAUGGGUAUGAUGGCGCAGCUUCCACUGGCCUGGUUUGUUGGUCACUUCCUGCGUGGUAACUAUGGCAACGCUGCAGUGUGGCUCUCCCUCAUCAUCGGUCAACCGUUUGCCGUUCUGAUGUACGUCCACGACUACUACGUCCUGAACCACAGGCCAGAGGCCGGUGGGACUCUGUAGACCAAUGCCAGGGAUGCACCUGCGCACCGUUAAGCCAACGAUGAAAAACAUUCUUCUUCUUCGAGGUUGCAGCUGUUUGAGAGAGUAAUCUGUUGUGCCUGCUUCUUCAGUGUUGACUGCCAAAUGAACCCUGGAAUGAGGAAUGUAAACUAGUUGGAGCUGUUACUGCACUUAUUUUAGGCGAUGUUCGCUACGUUAGUGCCUUUGUGCCGUCCAGUGGCCUUUGUACUGUAAAGUGUGUGGCAUGUCUAUGUCGGUUCAAAUUAAAUAUCAAU